AUGCCGCUCAAAGACAUAUUCAAGCAUCAUCACCACCACCUCCACCGCGGCGACAAGGAGAAGGGCGAUCGCCGGGGGAGCGCGGACGACUCGCCGCCACAGUCACCCGCCUCCGCCGCGCCGCCGCCUAUAGUCACGUCUGCACCGCCGGUCCCAGAAUUCAAAUUCAUCCGUAGCGACACCAAUUCGCACGACGUGAUCCACCCGCCGACAGGCUUCAGCACGCACGACCACAGCGCGACCAGCGCAGACGCCUACAACGACCUGGGGGGGCCGCUAUCACCAACGUCGCCGACAUCACCGACGAGCGGGGGGCGGGCGCGGUCCAGCAGCAACGCCAGUCGGUUCCGCGAGACGCUAUCAUUCUCGCACCGGCGCAACCGGUCGAGCUCGAACCACAGCACGCACAUCCCCGCCGACCUGCCGAUGAUCUCCGACUCCGCCGUUGACAAGGAGACGCAGUGGGAGAAGCGCGCCACGAUUCUGGUGGGCACCCCCGUGGUGCCUGUGCACCCCGCCCUACCCGCGGAGGAUCCCCAGGCGGAUGAAAAUAUCCAGGAGGCUAUACGGUUGCAUGAGGAGGGCGAGCUCGAAAAGAGCACGGCUAUGUUUGGCCGCCUGGCAGACGCAGAUAAUCCCCUCUCCCAGGUGCUGUAUGGUCUGGCGCUCAGGCAUGGCUGGGGUUGCACCAUGAAUAAGAGCAAGGGCCUCGAGUAUCUGAGGAAGGCGGCGAGCAAUAGUGCCGCCGUCGAGCAGGAGGCGCUUAAGGCCGGGAUAAAGAAGGGCGGGAGCGCGAAGGGAGAGCUCGUUUUAGCCAUUUACGAACUGGGAAAUUCCUACCGCAACGGCUGGGGCGUAACCAAAGACCCUGCGGCGGCCCGAGAAUACUACGAGACAGCCGCGAACCUGGGCGAUCCGGAUGCGCAGAACGAGGUGGCCUGGUGCUACCUCGAGGGCUUCGGCUGCAAGAAGGAUCGCUUCAAGGCGGCGAAAUUCUAUCGCAUGGCUGAGAAGCAGGGGAAUAAAACUCUGGGGAAUUCAUGGUAUGUCACCCGUACACUGCCGACUGGUAACGGGAUUGACUGA